AUGGCAGAUAUUUCAAUCUCAUUUAUUGGACGUUUUUGGAUUUACUUAAUAUCAAAUAUAGCAUCAAUUAUUUGUUCUAUAUUUGUACUUUAUUAUUUUCUUUUCUGUCGAAAACUUCGUCAGAGUUUACAUAAUCAUGUUGUUAUUAUUAUUUUAAUUAUUAAUUUCAUAAUUGAGAUAACAGAUAUAUCAUGGAUUCUUUAUUAUUAUCGAAAUGGCGUUGUUUUGAUAAAUACAUCAUUAUUUUGUCGAAUUUGGAAAUUUCUUGAUAGUUCAUCAUAUGUAACAAUAGCAAAACUUGUUGCAUGGGCUUCAAUUGAACGAUAUAUUCUCAUUUUUCAUGGUACUUGGAUGUCUACAAAAAAGAAAAAAAUUCUUUUACAUUAUAUACCUAUCACGAUUAUUGUUAUCUAUGGAAUCAUUCUUUACAUGAUUAUUUUAUUAUUUAUUUCUUGUAAACGUUCAUAUUAUUCUACAAUAUUAUAUUGUGGAUAUUCUAGUUGUGCUUAUAAUAGUACAGCUUAUUCGAUGUUUGAAUUCAUUACAGGUGGAAUAGCAAAUGCAAUAAUUAUGGUUAUAUUUAGUAUGAUCCUUAUAAUUCGUCUUAUAAAACAAAAGCAUCGACUAAAUCAACAACUCAAUUGGCGUAAAUAUCGUAAAAUGGCUAUUCAACUUCUAUCAAUUGUAUUAUUAUUUUAUAUAUUCUAUUUGCCUAGUGUUAUCAUAGGAAUCUUAUUUAAUUGUGGUGUUCCAUAUAGCAAUCUAAAAAAUUUUUUAGUCUAUGGACAGUUUUUCUCUUAUUAUAUACAUUUUUUACUUCCUUUUGUUUGUGCUGGAACAUUACCUCAUCUUAAAAUGAAAAUCAAAAAUACACUAAGAAUAUGUCCUUUGUAUAAACGUGGUACUGUUGAACCAAUUCAAAAUAGAAUCCAACAUGAAGCAAUUGAUCAAAAUAGCAACUCUCAUAGAAAUUGUUGA